AUGAGGUGGAUCGGGUUCCUCAGCCUGGUGGCCCUGUCCGAGUGCCUGGUGACCGUCCCGCUGAUGAAGAUCAAGUCCAUGCGGGAGAACCUGCGGGAGAGGGACCUGCUGAGAGACUACCUCCAGCGGCACCCCUACAGCCAGGCCUACAAGCUCCUGCGCAAGCCGCGCGUCACUGUCCAGUCCAUGAGGAACUACCUGGACCUGUACUACGUUGGCACCAUCAGCAUUGGAACGCCCCCUCAGAAGUUCAAGGUCGUCUUUGACACGGGCUCGGCAGACUUGUGGGUGCCCUCCAUCUACUGCUCCAGUCCCGCCUGUGUGACACACAGAACCUUCGACCCUCUGCGGUCGUCUACCUUCCAGGACGCAGACCUGCCAAUCAAGCGGGUGUACGGGUCCGGCAGCAUGACCGGGCUGCUGGGCUAUGACAAUGUGCGGAUCAGGAACCUUGUCUGCAAAUCCCAGGCAUUCGGACUGAGCACGACAGAGUCCGGCAUUGCCUUGGAGUUAGCAGCCUUCGACGGCAUCCUGGGCCUGGCCUACCCCACCCUCGCCUUCAAUGACACCACCCCGAUCUUCGACAGCCUGUGGAAGCAAGGCCUCCUGUCUGAGAACCUCUUCGCCUUCUACCUGAGCAGCAACAACAGGAACGGCAGCGUGGUGAUGUUCGGCGGCGUGGAUCACUCCUACUACAGGGGCGAGCUCCAGUGGGUGCCGGUGAGCGAGCAAGAAUUCUGGCAGGUCACUGUGGACAGCAUCUCCAUGAAUGGGACGGUCGUGGCCUGUCCCGGCGGCUGCCAGGCCAUCGUGGAUACCGGGGUCUCGCUGUUGAUUGGCCCACCCGACCCUGUCCUAGACAUUCUGAAAAGCAUCAACGCCCAGAUCACCAGCACCGGGGAGUACAUCGUCAGCUGCGAUGACGUCCAGAGCCUGCCUGACAUCGUCUUCACCAUGAACAAUGUCACAUACCCAGUGCCAGCCAGCGCCUACAUCCGGAGG